UUUAGUGCAUUUAGCAUCGACAAAGAACCAAGACCGGACGUCAAUAGCGCUGAAGUACAGCAGUUGGCCAAAGAGAUUUAUUCUGCGUUUAGUACAGUGGGUUUUGUGUACCUCAAAAACCAUGGGAUCUCUGCUCAAGAGAUUGAAGAUGUGCUUUCCAAGAGUGAUGACUUUUUUUAGUUUGAGUAAAAACGUAAAAAUAAGAUACCAGAAAAAGCAAGGCGAUUCUCAAUAUGGAUGGGAUCAAAUGGAAAGAGAAAGACCAAAUCUAGACAGGCCAGCAGAUCUAAAGGAAUCCUUUGAUGUUGGAGCACCAGAUAGCGAAGAAGCGAUUUGGCCAGAUGAUGAAGUGGUGCCAAAUUUCAAAAGAACUUUGUCAAGUUUCAGAUUGAAAUUUUGUCAUCUUGGAAUGCGAGUCCUGUCAGCCAUUGGCAUUGGACUGGAAAAGGACCCUGAUUUCUUUGCUCCAUUUUAUAAAUUUGUUGGGACAAAAGGUAAUACUUCUCAGUUUCGUAUCAACUACUACCCAAAGAUAACUGACAAUCUUGUUAUCAAACCUGGACAAAUUCGCUGUGGAGAGCACACUGAUUAUGGUGGUAUUUCGCUCUUAAUACAGGAUGAAGCAAGGGGCCUUGAAGUGGGUACAGUAGAAGGCAAAUAUGUACCAGCCACGCCCAUCCCAGGGACGGUACUCAUAAAUAUUGGCGAUUUGAUGCAAAGAUGGACGUCAGACAAACUUAAGUCUACUCCACACCGUGUUCUCAUUCCUGAGGAUGAAAUCAAGAGAGGAAAGCCACGUCGUUCGAUAGUGUUGUUCUUUGAUCCUGACAGAGAAACACUGAUAACAUGCUUGGAUGGCUCCAACAAAUACCCGCCUGUUAUAUCGGACGUCUAUGUGAUGGAAUUACUGAAAAAAACUUACGAAUUCUAAUUCCUGACAGUUAGAGGAUACACAACUCAUAACCGUGCGCAAUUUGUUGAUAUCGAUGAUGUGUGAAAACUGUAGUAGGCUGGAAGACCCUUAUUUAUCAGAUUAACAAUGCAAUUCAGAACCAAAACGAGACAUACUUUUUGUAAAAAUAUUGUUUCGAGAUAAUUUUUUAGAUACUUGCUUGAUGGAGAACAGGAUAUUAUAAGUUAGUAUUAGUCCCAAUGCAGAUGCUACUUUUGUUUGGCUUUCAAUAGUGAGAAAAGGAAAUUGUAGCCUGUCUGUAAGAGCGACCUUUUUCCUUUUAAUGAAUGCACAUGAAAAAUG